AUGGCGAGAGAUGAGAACAAAGAACUUACUUGUACAUCUCUUCAGUUCUUCAUUUUAAUUCGUUCCUUCUUUCUUCCUUUCUAUCCUUCUUUCUUCCUUUCUAUCUUUCUUUCUCCCUUCUUUCAUUCUUUUUGUCUCUCCGUUCUUCAUUUCCUUUCUUUCGUUCCUUUCUUCUUUUUUUCUAUCAUUUUUCUCUCUUCUUUCUUUCUUUCGUUUUUUCUUUCUUUCUUUCUUUUCUUUCUUUCUUUCUUCCUGCGUUCUUCCUUUUCUCUCCUUUGUUCCUUUGUUCCUUUCCUCCUUCCUGCCUUGCUUGAUAUUUCUUUCUUUCUUUCUUUCUUUCUUUCUUUCUUUCUUUCUUUUCUUUCUUUCUUUCUUUUCUCCGUUCUUCAUUUCCUUUCUUUCGUUCCUUUCUUUUUUUUUUUUCUAUCAUUUUUUCUCUUCUUUCUUUCUUUUUUUUUUUUCUUUCUUUCUUUCUUUUCUUUCUUUCUUUCUUCCUCCGUUCUUCAUUUCCUUUCUUUCGUUCCUUUCUUCUUUUUUUCUAUCAUUUUUCUCUCUUCUUUCUUUCUUUCGUUUUUUCUUUCUUUCUUUCUUUUCUUUCUUUCUUUCUUCCUGCGUUCUUCCUUUUCUCUCCUUUGUUCCUUUGUUCCUUUCCUCCUUCCUGCCUUGCUUGAUAUUUCUUUCUUUGUUUCUUUCUUUCUUUCUUUCAUUCUUUCAUUCUUUCUUUAUUUCUUUCUUUCUUUCUUUCUUUCUCCGUUCUUCAUUUCCUUUCUUUCGUUCCUUUCUUCUUUUUUUCUAUCAUUUUUCUCUCUUCUUUCUUUCUUUCGUUUUUUCUUUCUUUCUUUCUUUCUUUCUUUCUUCGUCUCAUUCUCUCUUCUUCGCUUGAUUUAUUUAGCUUUCAUCAACCUUAUAUUCUUAGCUGCGUUCUUCCUUUUUCUCUCCUUUGCUCCUUUCCUUUGUUUCCUUUCCUCCUUCCUUUCUUUGCUUGAUAUUUCUUUUUUGUUUCUUUUUCUUUCUUUCUUUCUUUUUCAUUCUUUCAUUCUUUCGUUUUAUUUCUUUCUUUCUUUCUUUCUUUUUGUCCCACUUUUUCUUUCUACGCUUCAUUUUUCUAGCUUUCAUCAAUCUUCCAUUCUUAGCUCCGUUCUUCAUUUCCUUUCUUUCGUUCCUUUAUUCUUUUUUCUCUCUUCUUUCUUUCCUUCUUUCUUUCUUUCUUUCUUUCUUUCUUUCUUUCUUUCUUUCUUUCUUCGUCUCAUUCUCUCUUCUUCGCUUGAUUUAUUUAGCUUUCAUCAACCUUAUAUUCUUAGCUGCGUUCUUCCUUUUCUCUCCUUUGUUCCUUUGUUCCUUUCCUCCUUCCUGCCUUGCUUGAUAUUUCUUUCUUUGUUUCUUUCUUUCUUUCUUUCUUUCAUUCUUUCAUUCUUUCUUUAUUUAUUUCUUUCUUUCUUUCUUUCUUUCUUUCAUCAAUCUUCCAUUCUUAGCUCCGUUCUUCAUUUCCUUUCUUUCGUUCCUUUAUUCUUUUUUCUCUCUUCUUUCUUUCCUUCUUUCGUUCUUUCUUUCUUUCUUUCUCCGUUCUUCAUUUCCUUUCUUUCGUUCCUUUAUUCUUUUUUCUCUCUUCUUUCUUUCCUUCUUUCUUUCUUUCUUUCUUUCUUUCUUCGUCUCAUUCUCUCUUCUUCGCUUGAUUUAUUUAGCUUUCAUCAACCUUAUAUUCUUAGCUGCGUUCUUCCUUUUCUCUCCUUUGUUCCUUUUGUUCCUUUCCUCCUUCCUGCCUUGCUUGAUAUUUCUUUCUUUGUUUCUUUCUUUUUUUCUUUCUUUCUUUCUUUCUUUCAUUCUUCUUUAUUUCUUUCUUUCUUUCUUUCUUUCUCCGUUCUUCAUUUCCUUUCUUUCGUUCCUUUCUUCUUUUUUUCUAUCAUUUUUCUCUCUUCUUUCUUUCUUUCGUUUUUUCUUUCUUUCUUUCUUUCUUUCUUUCUUCCUCCGUUCUUCAUUUCCUUUUUUUCGUUCCUUUCUUCUUUUUUCUAUCAUUUUCUCUCUUCUUUCUUUCUUUCGUUUUUUCUUUUCUUUCUUUCUUUCUUUCUUCUUUCAUCUUAUAUUCUUCCCUUCUUCCUUUUCUCUCCUUUCUUCCUUUUUCUUUUCUUUCUUUCUUUUCUUUUCCAUCAACCUUCUAUUCCUAGGUCAGUUUUCCUUGUCCUUCUUUCGUUACUUGUUUCUUUCUUUCUUUGUCCCAUUUUCUCGUCUACGCUUCAUUUAUUUAGCUUUCAUCAACCUUCUAUUCUUAACUCCGUUUUUCAUUUUCCUUAUUUAUUUCUCUCCUUCCUUCCUCGCUCUUUCUUUCUUUCUUUGUCUCAUUUUUUUUCUUAUUCGCUUCAUUUAUUUAGCUUUCAUCAACUUCCAUUCUUAGUUCCUUUCUUCAUUUCCUUCCUUCCUUCCUUCCUUCCUUCCUUCCUUCCUUCCUUCCUUCCUUCCUUCUUCGUCUCAUUUUCACAAUAUUCUAAAUUGAGGACCAUGCCAUGGUAG